AUGGGAGACCCCUUCGGCCGCUGGAGCAGCAGCCCCUCCCGGAGCGAAUAUGACGACAGGACCCCGCUCCAACAUUCCAACAGCUUCGCCCGCCUCAGCGGGAAGAGCAUCUACAACCAGCGCAAGGACUACGGGCAGACGCUGCUCAAGGUCCAGAACGAUUUCCAGCACCACGUUGAGCACCUGCUGACGAUGCCCCUGGAGCGGGAGCUGCGCAGCGCCGAGGAUUGCCUGGGGCGCCUGCGGGAGCUGGAGGAGCAGGGCCGGGUCUGGGGCCAGGAUGUCGUCCUGGAGGUCAAGGACCAGGAGCUGGUGCUGAGCGAUGUGGAGAGCAAGGAGGAGCUGGAGGCGUUCCCGCUGGGAAGCGUGCAGGGAUGCUCGGCCGGGCUGGACAACGCCGUGCUGGCCAUCAGCGUGCAGGAGAGGAACCCUCCGAGAACCAGCGUGCUGCUCUUCCAGUGCGAGCGCCUGGGGGCAGAGACGCUGAGGAGCAGCCUGGAGAAGGUGCUGAGGCAGAGGAAGGAGGAGCAGAGCAACCACUUCGGGCACAGCUCCCCGGAGCCCCCCCCGUACGCGGCCCCGGAGCGCUGGGCAGAGCCCCCCGAGCCCGACCCCCAGCCACCCCCCCGGCGGGGGCCGCUCUCCUCGGAUUACCGCGCGCCGGAGCUCCCGCAGGUGGCCCGGGGCCGAGCCCACGGCCAGGCCAUGCCCGAGGUGGAGCGGGAUGUUGAGAUCCUCAACCACGUCCUGGGCGACCUGGAGCGCUUCGUGGGGCGGCUGAAGACGGCGCUGAACUCGGCCAGUACCAAGAAGAAGCUGAAAAAGUCAGCGCUGCCCCCAAAGGAUGAGUACACGGAUUUCUUCCAGAAGGUGAAAUACGCCCUCAACCUCUUGGGACGGAACCGCCCCUACGUGACGGAGCCGGAUCCCCCCGAGCUGCUGCGCCUCAUCUUCUCCGCUCUGUCCUUCGUGCUCGGGCACUGCCCCAGCCCCGGGCUGGCCCCGUCCGUGCAGAGCCCGCUGCUCCUGCCCGAGGCGCUGCAGCUCCUCGAGGACACCCUGGGCGAUGAUGAUUACGGCGUCUGGAAGAGCCUCGGCACCGCCUGGAACAAAUCCAGGGCCGAGUACCCCAAUAGCGACCGGGUGCCCGCGUACACGCCGGUGUUUUCGGACGGGUGGCUGCCCCCCGUGAUGGAGCAGGAGCGCCGGGGGAGCCUCCAGGACAGCGCAGCGCCUGCCUCAGUUUCCCCAGCUCUGUCGCGACCCUCCCGGUCCCUGCCCCCCGCCCAGGCACCGGGCACGGGCUGGAGGGACCAUCCGGGCCGAGGAUCCCCGCUCCCUGCCCAGGGGCUGGUGCGAGCCCUGUACGACUUCCAGGCCAGGAACUCGCAGGAGCUGAGCGUCAGGAAGGGGGACACGCUGCAGGUGCUGGACCAGCAGAGGAAGUGGUGGCUGGUGCAGGACGAGCGGGGGGACAGGGGACACGUCCCUGGCAACAUCCUGGAGCCCCUCCCGGAGCCGGGGCACAGCUCCAGACAGGACAGUCCCCCAACCCUGCACCCCAACUCCUCGCCGGCAGAGGUGACGGCCUGGCUGAUGGACAAGGGCUUCUCACGGAUCACGGUGCGGACCCUGGGGGUGCUGCGGGGACGCGAACUGCUGCAGAUGAGCCCGGACGAGCUGCGAGGGGUCUGUCCCGAGGAGUGGCGCAGGGUCCUCUUCAAGCUGUCCCCGGUCAGGACGUCCCUGGGGAUCGGCCCCAUGGACUGAGCCCCCGAGGCCACGCCGAUGUCCCCAUCACGUGCCCACCCCGGAUGGAGCAGCCUGGGAAUGGCUGGGUUUGGGGGCGAACCCACCCCCACAUCCCGCCUGUCCCCCCAAGGCAGAAAAACCCUCCUGGAAAUCACAGAACGGCCCCCCCAAAGGAAGGAGGGGGGCAGGCACCCCCCUCGGCGGGCUCGGGUGUGCGAAGGGACUUUGCACCCCCAAAAAUGUAAAGGGAUUGAUGUGGAAAAUAAA